AACUUCACUUUCGUUUCAAAUCAGAGAGAGAGAGAGAGAAAGAGAGAGAGAUAGAAAAAUGGCGGACGAGGAAGAAGCAGAGCUUAGCGAGAAGCAGAAGAAGGAGAUAGCGAAAUGGUUCCUCCUCAACUCUCCUCCUGGUGAAAUCCAGUAUGUUGCCAAAGAUGUGAAAGCGAUUUUGAACGACGAGGAACUCUACAAGGAAGCAGCAUCGGAGUCAUUCCCACUGUACAACAAAUCCCACAUGAUUUCCCUAGAAUUGCCCUGCCGGGCCGGCGACGUAAUAAUUACAUCUUACGGGGAGAUCAACGAAAAUGAGUACCUUGAUCCAAGAACUGCCCAAGUCGCUAUAGUUGACCACAUCAAACAGGUUUGUACAGAGGCUAGACCUGCAUUGGAUGAGGAACUACCAUCCCCAUAUAUUGAAGAAUUUCGAUGUGCCCUUGAUGCAGAAAUUCUGAAAUACAUUGGUGAAGCCUAUCCAAAAGGUGUCUGCUCAGUUUACUGUGGGAAAGGAAAAGAUGUCGAGGGUCCAGGAUCUGAUUUUGAGCUUGUGGUGGUAAUUUCUGCCACUAGACAUAGCCCGCAAAAUUUCUGCAAUGGUAGCUGGCGCUCAGUAUGGACCAUUGAGUUCAAAGAUGAAAUACAGAUACUUGAAUUUAGUGGCAAACUCCAGGUGGGUGCCCAUUAUUUUGAGGAGGGAAAUGUCCAGCUAGAUGCAAAACAUGAAUGCAAAGAUUCAACAGUCUUUCAGUCCCCAGAAGAUUCUGCGAUUAGCAUAGCCAACAUUAUUCGACAUCAUGAGACAGAGUAUUUGGCUUCUCUUGAGGCAUCCUAUUCAAACUUGCCGGAUACCACUUUCAAGGACCUUCGGAGAAAGCUUCCUGUCACGCGCACCUUAUUUCCAUGGCACAACACCUUGCAAUUCAGCUUGACAAGAGACAUCACGAAAGAACUUGGCAUUGGAAAGUGAAUACACCACUGAAAUCAGGAGUCAUGCUUCUUAUAUAUAUGCCUACCUAGACAGCAAGUCUCUGUAAUAUGUACCUUUGAGUGACUAUUUGUGUUGAUUGCUUUUCUCUCUCUUUCUAUAAUCUCCUUUUGUUCUAAUUCAUCGGCCUCAAAAAUUGUCAUCUGGCUUUUAGAGUUUUCUUUCCCUCAGUUUUGGUGCAUUUGUAAUCUAGCAUUUAUUUUUGGGUAAUGUAAUGUAUAGCAAUAAAAUGGUUGUGGUUCGUUUUUCA